UGGUGGGGGUGGGGUGGGGGAACUCAGCCUUACAAGGGGGAUCAGAAGGUACCUCCUCCCGGCAAUUUGGCACCACUAGCCAAACUUCCGCGACCGAAAUUUCCCUCCCUAAGCCUGAUUUCUUCGUGGGUACGCUGUACCUUAGCACACCGUGCGCUCCUCACCACAAGUCUCUUCCUUCUUCCCACGGUCUUCUACGCCAGGUCCUGCCAUGGAGCUGCGCUCUGAGCUGCCUAGCGUGCCCGGCGCAGCGACGGCGGCGGCGACAGCGACGGGGCCGCCCGUGGCGUCUGUGGCGUCGGUGGCAGCGGCGGCGGCUGCGGCCGCGUCGCUACCGGUGAGCGUGGCGGGCGGCUUGCUACGAGCGCCGCCGCUGUUGUUGCGGGCGGCGGAGAAGUACCCGCGGACCCCCAAGUGCGCGCGCUGCCGCAACCACGGCGUGGUGUCGGCGCUCAAGGGCCACAAGCGCUACUGCCGCUGGAAGGACUGCCUGUGCGCCAAGUGCACGCUCAUCGCGGAGCGCCAGCGCGUCAUGGCGGCGCAGGUGGCGCUGCGCAGGCAACAGGCGCAGGAGGAGAACGAGGCGCGCGAGCUACAGCUGCUCUACGGUACUGCCGAGGGCCUAGCGCUGGCCGCCGCCAACGGCAUUAUCCCGCCGCGACCUGCCUACGAGGUCUUCGGCUCCGUGUGCGCCGCCGACGGCGGGGGGCCGGGAGCAGGAGCGCCCGCAGGGACCGGAGGCGGCACUGCGGGCUCAGGGAGCUCAGAGGCCAAGUUGCAGAAGUUUGACCUGUUCCCCAAGACGCUGCUUCAGACCGGCCGCCCAGGCAGCCCGCAGCCGCCGCCGGGGAAGCCCUUAUCACCCGACGGCGCAGACUCGGGUCCCGGGACAUCUUCUCCGGAGGUGCGGCCGGGCUCGGGCUCUGAGAAUGGCGACGGGGAGUCCUUCUCCGGGUCGCCCCUGGCCCGGGCCUCCAAGGAGGCAGGUGGGAGCUGCCCGGGCAGCGCAGGCCCGGGAGGCGGUGGCGAGGAGGACAGCCCGGGCUCCGCCAGCCCUUUGGGCUCCGAAUCUGGUUCCGAGGCCGACAAAGAAGAGGCAGAGGCCGCUCCCGCCCCAGGGCUGGGCGGGGGCCCGGGUCCACGGCAGCGGACGCCGCUGGACAUCUUGACGCGCGUCUUCCCGGGCCACCGGCGAGGCGUCCUGGAGCUGGUGUUGCAGGGUUGCGGCGGCGACGUGGUGCAGGCCAUCGAGCAGGUGCUGAACCACCACCGCGGGGGUCUGGCGGCCGGCCUUGGCCCCGCCGCGCCUCCUGAUAAGGCCGCGGUGGGUGCGGUAGCAGCUGCGGAAGACGCGUGGCCGGGCCGCGUUGAUGCCGCCGCUGCCGGGGGGCCGGGGCUGCCCGCGCCGCUGCAGGCCGGCCCCGCUGCCCCUCCGCACCAUAGACCUUUGCUGGCCGGCGCCAUGGCGCCUGGGGCGCUGGGCUCGCUGAGCAGCCGCUCGGCUUUCUCGCCACUGCAGCCCAACGCUAGUCACUUCGGCGCCGACGCCGGCGCCUACCCACUGGGCGCGCCGCUCGGCCUCAGCCCCCUGCGCCUGGCCUAUUCGGCGGCAGCGGCGCACAGCCGUGGCCUGGCCUUCAUGGCUCCCUACUCGACCGCGGGUCUAGUACCCACACUCGGCUUCCGCCCGCCUAUGGACUACGCCUUCAGCGACCUCAUGCGCGACCGCUCGGCCGCCGCCGCUGCGGUGCACAAGGAACCCACCUACGGCGGCGGCCUGUACGGGCCUAUGGUCAACGGCGCCCCAGAGAAGCAGUAGGCCGGGGGUCCGGCAUCCGGGCGGCCCCCAAACGGGGACCCCAGCCUUGAUCCCGCGGGCCGCGGGUCCCUCUUCACCCGUUGCGCCUUCUGCGCCCCGGCUCGGGUCCUCUCGCUCAAAGGUGAUUUUCAGUUUUGUUUUGGAAGGGUGGAGAGCUGAGCAAAAGGGAGCAACUACAGAUACAGGUGUUCUCCGAGGGGGUGCGUGGCCCUGACCCUCGUCCUCUAAACCCCUUCUCAAGGCUCUAUCAGCUCUUCGAAAGGCGGGGAAUUCUUGAGAAUUCAGAGGCUGAGGCCGCCACACACGCUCCUGCCUCUCCUUUUGCUGUGCUCGUCCCGCCCGCCCGCUCUCCAGUGGAUGGCAGGAUAGUCCGAGAGUCUGUCUUCUAUGUCUCCCUCUCCUUAUUAAAUUUUUUAAAAAUUAUUCGCUCUAACAAAUAUAAAUUUAGGAUGUAUAAAUCUCUUGGCACUGAGUCGAGUCUUUGGGACACACAUAUAUAUAUCGAUAUCAAUUGUAAAAAAAAAAAAGGAAACAAGUUCUAAGGUGCACUUUCCUCGUUGCGGUAUUUGUCGCUCUCUUUGUUGCUUAUGCCGAUAAGCAUGGGUUUCCUUGGUGCAGUGUGAGUUUUUAUAUAUGUAUAAAUCUAUAUAUAAUCUAUACAUAUAUAUAUACAAGCCAGUGUAUAAUGUUAUAAAAUGGAAUUCUAAGUUAUUAAUUGUAAUCUGUAGGUGACCUCGGUAUUAACGUGAAAAAUAUUCAGAAACAAGCAAAAAAAGGACAAAAUGGAAAGAAGUAGACUAUGCGCGCAUUGUACUUAUCAGGUUUUAUAGAUUAAAUAUAUUGUGAACUCGGGACAAAUCCUGCCCACCCGCCCCUCUUGCUUGCGGCCGAUCUCUCCCUAAGGAGUGGUCAAGGUGCGCACUGAAGCAGGAACAGAGCGACUAGUGACUGAGCCAGAACCGCCCGCCCGAGGGCGCAUCCCCGCCUCCCGGGACUCGCCAAAAGCCCGACCGAAGGGACAGCAGCGGGAAACGCUGCUGCAGAGAAUGGCUCACUUUGUGCUUUCCUUUGCAUAGACAUGAGCUAGAAAUAAAUGUUAUUUUCUAAGAAAACA